GCGGACAAGGCGGUGCCGUCGUGGCGGGAGCAGCUGACGCUGCGGGCGUUCGUGGUCAGCGCGCUGCUCGCCGUCAUGUUCAGCGUCAUCGUCAUGAAGCUCAACCUCACCACCGGGAUCAUCCCCUCCCUCAACGUCUCCGCGGGGCUGCUCGGCUUCUUCUUCGUCCGCCUCUGGACCUCCGCCUUCGAGCGGAUGGGCCUCGUGCGACAGCCCUUCACACGGCAGGAGAACACCGUCAUCCAGACCUGCGUCGUCUCCGCAUACGGCAUCGCCUUCAGCGGUGGUUUUGGCAGUUACCUAUUCGCAAUGAGUGAUAUGAUAGCUAAGCAAGCAACGGAGGCUACGGAUGCUGGGAACAUCAAGGACCCUCACCUUGGAUGGAUGAUAGGGUUCCUUUUCCUUGUCAGCUUUAUCGGGCUAUUUGCGCUUGUGCCCAUGAGAAAAAUUAUGAUUGUCGACUACAAAUUGACAUAUCCAAGUGGCACAGCAACUGCUUAUCUCAUCAAUAGUUUUCACACGCCUGAGGGUGCCAAGCUUGCAAAGAAGCAAGUGAAGACACUGGGCAGGUACUUCAUGUUGAGCUUUUUCUGGGGCUUUUUCCAGUGGUUCUUCAGUGGUGGGGAUGACUGCGGUUUCAAGAACUUCCCAUCAUUAGGCCUUGAAGCUUAUAACAAUAGGUUCUUCUUUGAUUUCUCUCCUACAUAUGUUGGGGUUGGUAUGAUCUGCCCACACAUUGUGAAUGUGUCCGUUCUGCUAGGUGGUAUCCUCUCGUGGGGUGUAAUGUGGCCUCUCAUUGCCAAGAAAAAAGGGAGUUGGUACCCUGCUACUGAUGGAGACGCUAGUCUUCAUGGGUUACAGGCUUACAGGGUUUUUAUAUCCAUUGCUUUGAUUCUUGGGGAUGGAUUAUAUAAUUUCGUCAAGGUGCUUCUCCGCACGAUUGCCGGGUUCAUAGCAAUGGUUCAGAAAAAUUCAAGAGCCAUGCUUCCUGUUUCUGGCAAUGGCAGCCCCACCGCUGAAGCUAUGUCAUUUGAUGAUGAGCGUCGCACUGAACUGUUCCUGAAAGAUCAAAUCCCUACAUCAGUUGCAUAUGGGGGCUAUGCCGCAGUAGCUGCUAUAUCAAUCGGUACUCUUCCACAGAUCUUCCCGCAGCUCAGGUGGUACUACAUUUUAGUUGCGUAUAUCGUAGCACCUGUCCUGGCCUUUUGCAAUGCCUACGGAAGUGGACUCACUGAUUGGUCUCUUGCCUCCACCUAUGGCAAGCUUGCUAUCUUUGUGUUUGGUGCAUGGGCUGGCCUUGCCAAUGGCGGUGUGCUCGUAGGACUUGCUGCAUGCGGUGUCAUGAUGAGCAUCGUGUCAACAGCCUCUGACCUGAUGCAAGACUUCAAAACUGGAUACCUGACUUUGGCAUCACCGAGGUCCAUGUUUAUCAGCCAGGUGAUAGGCACUGCAAUGGGCUGUGUCAUUUCUCCCUGCGUCUUCUGGCUGUUCUACAAGGCUUUCAGUGACAUUGGCAUAAGCGGUACCGAAUACCCAGCACCCUAUGCCAUUGUGUACCGAAACAUGGCAAUAUUGGGUGUCGAUGGUUUCUCGUCGCUUCCAAAGAACUGCCUGACACUCUGCUACAUCUUCUUCGCCGCAGCUAUUGUCAUCAACUUGAUAAGAGACUUGACACCGCACAAGUAUUCGAGGUUCAUCCCGCUCCCAAUGGCGAUGGCUAUACCAUUCUUCAUUGGAUCAUACUUCGCGAUCGACAUGUUCCUGGGCAGCCUUUUACUCUUCGUAUGGGAGAGGGUGAAUAAGGCUAAAGCGGACGCCUUUGGACCUGCCGUUGCUUCAGGGUUAAUCUGCGGAGAUGGGAUCUGGACUCUGCCACAGUCCGUUCUUGCCCUUGCCAAGGUGAACCCUCCCAUUUGCAUGAAGUUCUUGACAAGAUCGGACAAUGUCAGAGUGGACAACUUCCUUAGGAGCUAG